AUGAAGUUCCUCGUCGUCGCCCUUGCCCUGCCCCUUGCCUUCCACGCGCUUACCCUGAAAGGAAGCGCCAAGAUCAGCGAUGAGGCUCGCAAGCUCUCCGGAAAGGAGCUCGUCGACUAUGUGAACAGCGUGCAGUCCGCCUGGACGGCCAAGCUCAACCCCCGCUUCGCCGCCUACCCCGACAAGGUCAAGCAGAAGCUGAUGGGCGUCAAGAACAUUGCCGUCCCCAUGGAGUACCGCGUGAAUGAGGUUGACACCAUCCUCGAUGGAGUCCCGGCCUCGUUCGACGGACGUGUCCAGUGGGGAGCUAUGUGCCCCUCGGUCAAGAACAUCCGCGAUCAAUCUUCCUGCGGAUCCUGCUGGGCCUUCGGAGCUGCUGAGGCCAUGACUGACCGUACAUGCAUUGCUUCCCAGGGAAAAUUCACCGACCCGCUGUCGGCUGACGAUAUCCUGGCUUGCUGCGGAUUCUCGUGCGGUGACGGAUGUGAGGGAGGAUACCCGAUUGAGGCCUGGCAAUUCUGGGUCCACAAGGGAGUCGUCACCGGUGGCAGCUACCAAUCCAAGUCCGGAUGCAUGCCAUAUCCGUUUGCCCCCUGCGAGCACCACACCAACGCCACCCACUACCAGCCGUGCCCCGGCCAAAUCUACCCCACUCCCAAGUGCCAGAAGCAGUGCCAGUCCGGAUACGCCAACCAGUACUCCCAGGACAAGCACUACGGAUCGUCGGCCUACUCUGUCAGCUCCAAGGUUGCCGCCAUCCAGUCGGAGGUGUACGCCAACGGACCCGUCGAGGUCGCCUACGAGGUCUACGAGGACUUCGAGCACUACACUGGAGGUGUCUACGUUCACACCGCUGGUCAGCUUCUCGGAGGACACGCCGUCAAGCUCCUCGGAUGGGGAACUGACUCCGCUUCCGGCCUCGACUACUGGCUCAUUGCCAACUCGUGGAACGAGGACUGGGGAGAGAACGGAUACUUCCGCAUUGUCCGUGGACGUGAUGAGUGCGGUAUCGAGUCUGGCGUCGUCGCCGGCAAGCCGAAGGUC